AUGACCUAUCGUCCCCCGAUCAAUCGGUUGACGGAUAUCCUCAAACGGAAUAAUCCGCAGGUACUGAAGCGUCAUGCCGAGGACCUGACCAAAGCGCUUUCCUCCCUCCCGCCGGAGGCAAAUCAGACGCGUUUUAUUCGAAACCAUUUUUUAAUCAGCCCCAAAGCGCUUCACCUGCUGUGUGAUGAGCAGAUCCUCGAGCGUUACAAGGUCUUUGCGGUGUAUAAACCCCCUUUUUGCCCGAUGCGUCGCCGCGAUGCGGAUCUGAACUACCAUAAAGUCUCCGUCGAAUCCUACAUCACGGCCGCGCUCCAAUCACAGCUCGUGCACCCCAUCCUCCGCCGUGUGGUGCGGAAGGAUGCGGUGAAGAUUCGCGUGCUCAACGACUUGGAUUUGUUCGCCUCCGGCCCCGUUGCCGUGAGCGUCUCCGACGCCUGCUCGUUUAACACCUCCCUUGCCUCUUGCGUGAUGAAUUACGACGUGCUCGUCGCCGGCCAUCUUCCCCUGACCCGUGGGGAAUCGAAGGCGAUCGAGGUGGAGCGGCUUUAUCCGGAUUUAACCCCCUCCACACGGCCGGCCGCCGGUCACGCAAGGUGUACGUUUGAGGUGAAACGAAACGCGUACUACAGCGUUCACCCGGUAACGCUUUUGGAGGUGAAAAUCCACGCCCCGCCCUCGGCGCGGCCGCCGUGCAUCGAGGCGUUUGUGCGGAAUCAGCUGGGAUCCUUUGUGGUCGGGGAUCCCACGGCCUUUGAGGAUCCCGUACGAUCCCAGACGAAAGGCGGCCGCCUUCAUUCGACGAUGCAUGAACCCCCAACCCACGCGGCGCGGGCGGGAGAAGCCACCCCGCUCGCGUCCGACCUCCUGCGGUCGUCCGUGAUCUCGAUGAGGGGGGAUUGCGACUUUCCGCGGGUGUUUACGCAUCUGCGGGAGAUUCACUUCUCCGUGGAUGUCUUGGACGUCUCGGGGAACCCCAUUGGGAAUAAGGAUGUGAACUUUCACUGUUGGAAAUGCGUGGAGCCCAUCUUGAGGGAUGUUAGUCAUGCGACUCUCAAAACGAUGCGAAUCAAUUUACUGGAUGGUUCGUGGACUCCGUCGUCGGAGUUCUUGUACUAG